ACUGACAUGGGUUUCCGUAGGGAGAAUUGUUGUUACCAAGGCAGCCAGGAUGAAGCUGAGAAGCCGACUCGUAGCUGCAGUGGGCGUCCAGAGGGGCUGAGCAGGUUCAGUAUCCCAGGCUGCUGGAGAAACGGCUCCACAGCCACCACCAUGGGCACCGCCUCCUCGCUGGUUACCCCCGGGGAGGUCAUCGAAGACGCCUACGGAGGCGAGGGCGGGGAGGCCUGUGAAAUCCCCGUCGAGGUCAAGCCCAAAGCGCGGCUCCUACGAAGCUCCUUCCGGCGGGGGCCGCGCGUCAUCGGCGCCAGCUUCAAGUCCACGGGCUCGGUGGACCUGGAGUACGCCGCAGAAUACGAGCGGCUCCGCAAGGAGUACGAGAUCUUCCGGGUGAGCAAGAACAACGAGAUCGCCUCCAUGCAGAAGAAGGAAGCCAAGCUAGACGAGGAGAACAAGAGGCUGAGAGCAGAGCUCCAGGCUCUACAGAAGACCUACCAGAAGAUUCUGAGGGAGAAGGAGAGUGCGCUGGAGGCUAAGUACCAGGCCAUGGAAAGAGCUGCCACCUUCGAGCACGACAGGGAUAAAGUCAAACGACAGUUCAAGAUCUUCCGGGAGACUAAAGAGAAGGAGAUCCAGGAUCUGUUGCGAGCUAAGAGGGAUCUGGAGGCCAAGCUGCAGCAGCUGCAGGCUCAGGGCAUCCAGGUGUACGACCCGGAUGACUCUGAUUCUGAUGAUAAUCGGACCGCGGUUACAGCUGCAGGGACUCAGUGUGAGUACUGGGGUGGUGGCAUUCUGGGUAGUGAGCCCUCUAUGGGCAGCAUGAUGCAACUACAGCAGACGUUCAGAGGCCCGGAGUUUGCCCACAGUCUGAUCGAUGUGGAGGGCCCGUUCGCCAAUGUAAGCAGAGACGACUGGGAUGCAGCGGUGGCCAGCCUGCUCCAGGUGUCUCCUCACGUGUCGCAGGCCUUAUGGAGCAACACGGUGCGCUGCUAUCUGAUCUGCACCCAGGAGACGAAGGCCGAGCUGGAUAUCUUGACCCGGAGGUACACGCCCCUGCUUCGCAGGCUGUGCGAGGGGCUCGGCCAUUUCUACCUCAACGUGUGGUUCCCCGAGGACAGCGCCGGAGCCUUCGCCCCAGAGCGCCGGCUGGAGAUCGAGAGGAGCUCUUUUUGUCUGCUCCUUCUCAAGUCCACCAUCUCCAGCUCGGCGGCCGAGGAUGCGGAGGAGGCCUUUGUGAAGAGCCCGGACGGCCGUCCCCUGGUGCUGUACCUCAGGACCCUGGAGGCCCAGCCUCUCUCUGGCCCCACCAGACAGCUGCUGGAGCGGGUCAACGCCGCCGACAAGGCUGCCAAGGUCAAGGUAGUGGAUCACAGUGGCUCUGCAGAGGAGGGAGCAGCUAUGAUUUAUGCACAACUUGAGAAAGUCAUCAAACAGGAGCUGCUAGGUCUGGAGGGUGGGGAGGGGGACGGUAAGGAUUCUGGGAUGGAGGAGGGUGGAGAGGAGGACUCUGGAGACGUGCUGUGGGACCUGCAUGACGAGCAGGAGCAGAACGAGGCCUACCAGCAGGCUUGCAGCGCUGCCUCUCAGCUGGGCUUCCAGAAGUACAUAGAGCGCCUGAACGACAUGGUGGCGGCCCCUCCCCCCACCCCGCCCCUGCUGGUGUCUGGGGGGCCGGGCUCAGGCAAGUCCCUGCUCCUGUCCAAAUGGGUGGAGCUGCAGCAGAAGCAGUCCCCCAACACACUGUUCCUCUACCACUUUGUGGGGCGGCCCCUGUCCACCAGUUCAGAGCCGGUUCUCAUCAUUAAACGCCUCACUGUCAAGCUUCUGCAGCACUUCUGGACCAUCUCAGGUCUGUCGAUGGAGCCCAGUAAGAUCCUGGAGGAGUUUCCUCGCUGGCUGGAGAGGCUGUCAGCCCGUCACCAAGGCAACAUCAUCAUCAUCAUCGACUCCAUCGACCAAAUCCAGCAGGCAGAGAGGAACAUGAAGUGGCUGAUCGACCCGCUGCCCGUCAACGUCCGAGUGGUGGUGUCUGUCAACGUGGAGACCUGCCCUCAGGCCUGGAGACUGUGGCCUACCCUCCACCUGGACCCCCUCAACCCCAGAGAGGUGAAGAACGUGAUCAACGCAGAGUGUCUGGCCACGGACGUCAAACUCACCAAAGACCAGGAGAAGAAGCUGGAGAGACACUGUCGCUCUGCCUCCACCUGUAACGCCCUCUACGUCACCCUCCUGGGCAGGAUGCUCACAGGAUCCCCCUGGUUGCUGGACAGGACUCUAGAACAGUGUCUGCAGUGCCAGGACACCAUGUCACUGUACAUCCUCUGCCUCAAGGUGGCGCUAGACUCCCUGGCCACAGACAGGGAGAGACACAUCAUGAGAGAGAUGCUGUGCCUGGUGUGCGCCAGCCACAACGGUGUGAGUGAGUCGGAGGUGCUGGACGUGUUCCCGGACCUGCGCAUGGCGGCCCUGUCCUCCCUGCUGCGCCGCCUCCAGGGGCUCUGCGUCCUGGCCUUCAGCUGUGGGCUCCUCCGCUUCCAGCACCUGCAGGCUUGGGAAGCGGUGAGACUGGAGUUCAUGAAUGGGGGGACCUCCUCACCGACCUACAGAGAGAAGCUCAUCCACUACUUCAACCAGCAGCUCGGAGAGGACAGGGUGACGUGGCGUGUGGCUGACGAGCUGCCCUGGCUGCUUCAGCAGCAGGGGGACAGGAGCAAGCUGCAGCUCAGUCUGCUCAACCUGUUUGUUUCCCAGAACCUGUACAAGAGGGGUCAUUUCUCGGAGCUGCUGGCCUACUGGCAGUAUGUGGGCAAGGACAAGAGCUCGAUGGCCACCGAGUACUUUGACUCCCUGAAGCAGUACGAGAAGAGCUGUGAGGACGAGGAGAGCAUGACGAGGCUGGCCAGCCUGUACGAGACGCUGGGACGCUUCCUCAAAGACCUGGGCCUGCCCAGCCAGGCGGUGGCCCCCCUGCAGCGCUCCCUGGAGAUCCGGGAGACGGCGCUGGACCCGGACCACCCCAGCGUGGCCGGCUCGCUGCAUCAGCUGGCCGGCGUGUACGUGCAGUGGAGGAAGUACGGCAACGCGGAGCAGCUGUACAAGCAGGCGCUGGAGAUCAGCGAGAACGCCUACGGGGCCGAGCACGCCUGUGUGGCGCGCGAGCUCGACUCCCUCGCCAUGCUCUACCAGAAACAGAACAAGUAUGAGCAAGCGGAGAAGCUGAGGAAGAGGUCUGUGAGGAUCCGACAGAAGACUGCCAGACAGAAGGGGCAUUUGUACGGCUUCUCUCUUCUGAGGAGGAGGGCUCUACAGUUGGAGGAGCUGACUCUGGGGAAGGACACAGCCGACUCUGCCAAGACACUCAACGAACUGGGGGUCCUCUACUACCUCCAGAACAACCUGGAGGCUGCCAAGGUGUUUCUGUCCCGCUCCCUGGAGAUGCGUCAGCGCGUGCUGGGUCCCGACCACCCGGACUGCGCCCAGUCGCUCAACAACCUGGCGGCGCUGCACACGGAGCGCCGCGAGUACGAGGCGGCAGAGGAGCUGUACGAGAGAGCCCUGGACAUCCGCAAGCGGGCCCUGGCCCCGGACCACCCGUCCCUGGCCUACACCCUCAAACACCUGGCCAUGCUCUACAAGCGCAGGGGGAGGCUGGAGAAGGCAGUACCACUGUAUGAGCUGGCUCUGGAGAUCAGAGAGAAGAGCUUUGGUCCCAAACACCCCAGCGUGGCCACUGCUCUGGUCAACCUGGCCGUGCUCUACUGCCAGCUGAAGAAGCAUGGGGAGGCCCUGCCCCUGUAUGAGCGGGCUCUGAAAGUGUAUGAAGACAGUCUGGGGCGCUCUCACCCCCGCGUCGGAGAGACCCUCAAGAACCUGGCCGUGCUGAGCUAUGAGGAAGGUGACUUUGAGAAAGCAGCGGAGCUCUACAAGCGCGCCAUGGAGAUCAAGGAGGCGGAGCCUUCUCUGGUGUGUGGAAAGGCGCCGUCUCGCCAUUCGUCCAGCGGGGACACGUUCAGCCUGCGAGGGCCCGCCCCCCUUCCCCACAACCCCAGGUGAUCCCGCCCAUGGGCUCCACCCAGGCCCGCCCCCCCCGCAACACACAGUAUGAGAAAAUACUGGGGAAAAGCCCCCUAUCUCAAUUCUCUGCGAUUCCCCCUCCCUUCCACACCAACCACUGGAACAGCAUCUCUUGACGUCACAUGAUUAUAGAAGCAUGAGCUGUCCUGCGCAUUUCAAGCCAAUCCCGUCAUAGCUUAUCAGGGGUUUUCACAAGAAGGAGGGAUGAAGGUGGUGUGUUGUCAGUCCGGGCCUCCAUCCACACCCACAGAAGCAGGCUCAAACGUCUGCCGAUCCAAAGGGAACGUUCGUCACGACUCCAUGCUGUGUUUUUUUUUUUUUUCGAUGCCAUGGUCCACUGUACUGUAACUGCCAUUCUAGAUACGAAGUACGCUUUAUUGAAUAUCUGUGAACUAUGCCUAUAUUAUCGUGAAACCUAUAUGUCAGAUAUAUUUAUAAAUGUAUCGUUAAAUGUAUCGCCGCUGAAAUAAUGUGAAAAUGAUGUCAACCAACAUUUGCCCUUCCCAGGGCCUCUACAACUCAGGUUGAGUUGGUAUUUUCCUGACCUUCCAAACCCACAACACAUCUCGGAUGUUCCUGUGGCUCUGGGAUGCUUUAUUGACAUGUCCUCUGUCUUGGUGUGAUUCAUAGGAGACGGCAGGUUAUGGCGUCCUCAGGUAUUUUCCAUCUCUCAAAUUAUGCAAACAAAUGCCAAGUCCACGUACCUGAGGUUAGGUUAGUGAUUUUCAGUUUCAAGUUGCUUUUCUUUCAACAUGCAGCACUUGGACAAGCCCAAUAUUUAUGCAUAGGGAAUAUACCACCCCACAGUGGACCUCAAACAUAGAAUAUACCACCCCACAGUGGACCUCAAACAUAGAAAACAAUUGCAAUCCAGUAUUUAGUAAUGUAGCCUAUUGACCCAGUUAUGCAAGUAAAACGAGAGGCCUUUUAUCCGAGCCCAACUAAUGAGAUACUUAUCUCUGAAGAAUAUAACAAGUGUUAUCUAUGCCAUUACCAGGGUCCUAACACAGCAUGUGUUUAGCCUGCUAGCAGAGAGCUAGACUGAUUAUGAUGCCAAAUAAAUAAAUAAAAAACAUGUUCCUAAGUCCUGCCAGUUGAAUUAUUAGUGUUUCACUGUCAGUGACCCACAAUUCCAGUUUGAAUUCCUCUGGGAUCUGGCCUUCCCACUAUACAGCACUGUCCUCUCUCUUACAGGCUUUACUGAUGCAAUUAACAGCCUAAAGUCAUGUGUCCUUUUCUACAUAGUGUGCCAUUGUGAAAAAGAAAGCAUUCAACAUGUUACAUCCCGUACAUGUAUUUGAUGUAUUUAAACAUGUAUAUGAUGUGUUUAAACCUUGUUUUGAAAUACAUUUUGUAUUUUCAAGUUUUCAUUUCAAUGAAAUCUAACUAAUAUUGUCAUAUUUCAUUCAGUAGAUGUGUGUUGAGGGUUCAUGUGCUGCAAUGGGACUGUGUGUUGUGUUUACCUAUGUCUUUCUCCAUUGAGAAAGAUAUAGCUCUACCUUUCAGCAGUGUUACUGCAAGACAGAACUGACUUACCAAAAAACAUACACUUCUUCACUGUUUGAAUAAUUGGAAUUAUUUGAAGUAAUAAGUGAAGGCUGGAUUUGAACCCAGGCUGUUGCUAAACUGCCCCAGCUUUGAAAGCAUGCACACUAACCCAGUGAGCUAACAGGGGAGACCUGCUUUCUUCUGGUUUUCUGAAACCCCAACUCUGCAGGUUGUUACAACUAGAUCAAUGUCAAAUGUAAAUGUUGAGUGGAGAUUGUUAUGAUCCCUGAUAGCUCAGUGGUUAAGGAUGUGGGCUACUGUGUGAGGGGUCUUGUGUUCAAAUCUGGCUGAAAGAUCUUCUUACAGCUCAAUUUUUGCUCUU